AUGAAAAUAUUAAGCUGGAACUGUCAUGGGCUUGGCAACCCAUCGACGGUGUCGGCCCUCCGUGACUGGUGCUGGAGGGAAAGGCCAAAUAUCGUUUUCUUAAUGGAAACGAUGAUCGAUGCAAGGAGACUGGAACGGAUUCGUAACAUGUGUGGUUUUGUCAACGGUGUAUGUUUGAGUAGUGUGGGGCUUUCGGGUGGCAUGGGUUUUUGGUGGAGAGACAUAAAUGUAGUUACUGGGACUUUUUCAACCCAUCACUUCUUGGCUGAUAUACUAGAUCACAACAAUUUGCCGGUUUGGAGAGCAGUAGGAAUCUACGGGUGGCCGGAAUCUGAAAACAAACACUUAACGUGGUCUUUAAUGGAAAGUAUAAGGGGUGCAAGCCCGCUCCCGUGUGUAAUGUUCGGGGAUUUUAAUGAAAUUCUUAGCAUGGCGGAAAAAGAUGGUGGUGCUACGAGAAGUGAACGUGUAAUGGAUGCAUUCCGUGGAGCGAUUGACUCUUGCGGCUUUCGUGAUCUGGGUUUUCGUGGUAGUAUCUUCACAAGGAAGAGAGGCAACACCCCGGGUUCGUGUGUUCGUGAAAGGCUCGACCGUUUUUUGGCCGACUCGGAUUGGUGUUCACUUUUUCCAGAUUAUAAUGUUCGUAAUUUUCCAAUGUAUUGUUCGGACCAUGCCCCAAUCUUGCUAUCAACUAUAAAUUACUACGAACGAGGCCGUGUUAAAAGAGCUUUCAAAUUUGAGGCAAUGUGGCUCUCAAGUUCUGAAUGCGGUGAGAGAGUUGCGACAACAUGGGCUGGUAGUGCUGGCGAGAAUGCAGUGAACCGUAUUGCUAGGUGUGCUGAGGCAUUAAGCUCCUGGGCGGCGACGACUUUUGGGUGUAUUAAAAAGAAGAUAAAAGUGGCUGAAGAGAAGUUAAGGGUAGCUCAGUCUCGCUCACCUGACGCGGAUAUGCUUCAGCAAUGCAAUGAAUUGGCUGCGGAGUUGGAUAUGCUACACCAACAGGAAGAAUCGUAUUGGCAUGCGCGGGCGAGGGAAAAUGACCUUCGAGAUGGGGACAAGAAUACCUCGUAUUUCCAUCAUAAAGCGAGUCAUAGAAGGCACGUUAAUUCGAUCCCUGGGUUACUGGACGAAGAUGGUGUAUGGCAUUCGAGCAGGGAGGAAAUGGAGGAUAUGGUGGAGGUGUUUUUCAAAUCUUUAUUUGGCUCUGAAAAUCCGAGUGAGUUCGAGCAGGCAAUGGCAGGAACUGAUCUUGUGGUGACAGAGGCAAUGAAGGUGGAGCUUGAUAUGGAACCCUCUGAUGAAGAAAUAAAGGUUGCGUUAUUUCAAAUGCACCCAAAUAAGGCGCCGGGUCCCGACGGUAUGCACGCUCUAUUUUUUCAGAAAUUCUGGCAUAUUGUUGGGGUUGAUAUUAUUUCUUUUGUGAAACAAUGGUGGAGGGGUCAAAUGGACUUAAGCGAUGUUAACAAAACUUGUGUGGUGUUGAUUCCUAAAUGCGAAAACCCUAAACGUAUUUCGGAAUUUAGACCAAUAAGUUGUUGUAAUGUGCUUUAUAAAAUUAUCUCGAAGACCUUGGCAAAUAAAUUGAAGCCUUUCUUGGGCAAGAUUGUAUCAGUCAACCAAAGCGCUUUUGUUCCUAGAAGAUUAAUCACAGAUAAUGCUUUGGUUGCGUUCGAGAUAUUCCAUGCAAUGAAAAGAAAAGGAGAGGGGAAGGAUGGCUCGGUCGCCUUGAAGCUUGAUAUGAAAAAGGCAUAUGAUAGGGUUGAGUGGAUUUUUCUGGAGAAGGUUAUGUAUAAGAUGGGCUUUAGUGACAAUUGGGUACGACGUAUUUUGGAGUGCCUGUCGAGUGCUUCGUUUGCUUUCAAGGUCAAUGGUCGAAUCUCUGGGGCCGUCACUCCAUCUAGGGGACUACGACAAGGUGAUCCUAUAUCUCCAUAUUUAUUUCUUAUUGUAGCUGAUGCUUUUUCUACUCUAAUUGCCAAAGCUGCUAGGGAGAAAUUGAUACAUGGAGCGAAAAUUUGCAACGGGGCACCUAGGGUGUCACAUCUAUUCUUUGCCGACGAUAGUCUAUUGUUUGUUAAAGAAUCUGUUAGAGAAUGCUCAGUGAUAGCUGACAUAAUCAGCAAAUACGAAAGAGCUUCGGGUCAAAGCGUGAAUCUUGAUAAAACAGAUGUUGUAUUUAGCAAGUGUGUGGAUGUGAAUCGACGGGAUGAGAUUGUGACUACUCUUGGGGUUAAGGAGGUUGCCAAACAUGAAAAGUACCUUGGCUUGCCGACAAUCAUUGGGAGAUCGAAGAAAGCUAUCUUUGCCGCACUUAAGGAAAGAAUAUGGAAGAAAUUGCAAGGUUGGAAGGAAAAGUUGCUAUCUAAACCCGGAAAGGAGGUCCUAAUCAAGGCGGUUGCCCAGGUCAUUCCAACCUAUAUGAUGAGUAUAUUUAGAAUCCCGGAUGGUUUAAUCGAGGAAAUUCAUUCUAUUAUUGCUCGGUUUUGGUGGGGAUCGAAUGGUACCACAAGGAAAAUGCAUUGGCACUCGUGGGAGUCACUGUGUAAACCAAAGGCAAUGGGCGGUUUGGGUUUUCGUGACUUAAAGAUUUUCAACCAAGCUUUGUUAGCGAAACAGGUAUGGCAGCUACACCAUGAACCUUCAUCUUUCGUGCACUCAAUCUUGAAGGCAAAAUACUUUAAGCACACUGGCGUGUUAGAGGCUCGACGGGGGCACGAUCCUAGCUACUCUUGGCGAAGCUUGUGGGGCGCUAAGUCUUUGCUGCUAGAUGGUAUGAUGUGGAGAGUGGGGAGUGGGACAUAUAUUAAUGUUUGGGAGGGGGGAUGGCUACCAAACUCGCAAGUUCCUCCAAAACCGAGAGUUGGCUCCAUUGUUAACCAAGACCUCAUGGUGUCGGAGUGUAUCGACCACAUCAGUAGGGAAUGGCGAAGUGAGGUUAUUAGAGAUGCAUUCACGGAGGAGGACUGCAAGCAAAUCAUGCAAAUACCACUUUCCAUUUUCCACUCUACUGACUCAAUGUACUGGAGCCUCACCAAAGACGGCAUAUACUCGGUCAAAACGGGCUACUGGUUGGGGGUGCUAGGAAGGAAUCAAGCGGCCUCAUGUGACAAUGCUGCCCUGUGGAAGCUGGUAUGGAACAUCGGUGGUCCACCGAAGUUAUCUCACUUCAUAUGGCAGGCUUGUAAAGGGAGUAUGGCAGUCAAGGAGGUUUUGUGUCGCAGGCACAUUGCACAAGACGAAUUGUGUGUAUGCUGCGGUAUUGAGGUCGAAUCAGUAACACAUGUGCUCUUUGAAUGUGACUCGGCGAAGAUGGUAUGGGAGAAUAGCGAGUUUGGGGAUGUUGUGGCUGCUGCACCAAGAGGUAAAUUCGAGGAUAGACUUCAAUGGUGGGCAAGCAAGGUCAGCAUGGAUGAGGUUCGUAGCAUAAUGGCAAUUGCGUGGGCUGUGUGGUUCUUACGAAACAAGUAUGUGCACGACAAUGAGCGUGGUAACCCAGGCAUAGUGACUGCGGGCUUUCUUAGACUGGUAUCCGAUUACAGGUUGUACGCAAGGAAAGUGUUCACACCACCAACGGGCAUGGGGAAUACGUUGUCUGCAACAAACUGGAUACCUCCCCCAAUAGGGUUGGUAAAAAUUAAUGUGGAUGCUAAUGUGAUUGAUGGUGUUAGGGUGGGUCUUGGUGGGGUGAUUCGGAACCACGAAGGCAAGCUGCUGGUGGGGGGGACGAAGCGUGUUGAUGCUGCAUGGGGGGUGGAAAUGGACGAAGCCGCAGCUGUGAGAUAUGGCCUCCAAUUGGCGAGAAGAUUGGGCUACAACAUGGUUUGGCUAGAAAGUGAUGCGCUAUGUGUGGUGAAUGCAGUAGACAGCAACCAGGAAGGAAUGUCCCCUCUGUUUACUUUGUUGGAUGAUAUCAGGAAACUUGCAAAAUGUUUCUCUACUUUUGUUAUUUCUCAUGUUAAAAUGGCCGGUAAUACGGUAGCCCAUCUUGUGGCACGAUGGGAUACUAAAGAUAGUAAUGAGCUUGUUUGUAUGAACUCUUUUCCCCAAAGUAUUACAACUUUGGCGGAACUUGAUUUGCAAUAA